CACUUCAAGAUUUUCAAAUGUCACAUUCCCAAAGGCAAAUCUACUCUCCUAUGUUAGCAGAACAACCACAAAGAGAGGCAGCAGAAGCCCUGAUGAUACUAAAAAACUCAUCAAAGCCACCAAUAGCUACAAUUUCACCUUCCUGUAUUACAACUAGGAAUUCAACAGUCCAAAAACCAUUAGCUGUGGCACAGACAUCGGUCAAGAGUUCCAAAAAUGGUACUGUGUCUUUACCACCUGUCUUCUACCUCUCAGGUUCCCAGAAUGGCCCAUUACAUGCUAGCAUACCAACUUUAAUCCAAGAGAACCAGCCUGAGGCCCCCAGAAAUCCACCUAGUUAUGUUGCCCCCAUAACUGUGUCUGUAAAUGAAUCCUCACAGCCUUCUGUAUUGACCAGUAAAUUUAGUGGCAUAUUACUUCCAAACAUGCCAGAUGCUGAAAUAAUUGCAUCAAUCAGAAAUGUAUCUGAACCUCAUCGUCUAUUGUCUUCAUGUGUAAACAAUGGAAAGUCUGUUUUCAAGGGUACUUUACUAGAAAGACACUCUGACAGCCCUGCAGACAGACUUCAGCAAAAUCAGAUACCCAGAAUCUUGUCUGGCAUCAAGACUUAUGAAGAAAGAAUGCUGUCCAGCAACCUCCAACCAACCAUUAUAUCAGAAUUGUCAGGCUUAUCCAAGUCAGAAACUGUAUUAAAUCACCUUGACACAUCAGACAAACAUAUUCAAGAUACUGGAUACACUGUCAAUCCUUCUAGCAUUCAACCACAUUCUCAUCAUGAAAUGUCAGAACGGUUGCACAGCAGUUCAGGAAAUCUCAACAUAAAUCUUUCACAGCCUAUAACAUUGGGCUACACCAAAGAAUCUCUACAAAUCCCUUUGCAGGCUGUGUCUAAUAAGAUGGAAGCUCAGAUUCCUUCCACUCAAGAAUACACACUAGUGAAACUAACAGAUGGACAAGUUGGAAUAUGUGGACUUUCAAACUUAGUCACUGCUACAGUUUUACAGGCCCCAACAAAGUCCUUGUCAUCUGGCUCUCUCAAGUUGCUAAAUAAUCCGUCAUCUUUUUCUGGUGCAUGUUGUCUAACCACUGUGCCAAGUACACAUAGCAUCAAUAAAAGCAGUUCUCUUUCUUCAGUCCCUAGAAAUGUAUGUCUCCUUUCUUCAGAUGCUUCUUUUAGGGAGAAUCUCAGACCAUUGAAUUCAGCCACACCUUCUGCAGUGCAUCAGUCUCCAAAUGAACUCUCACUAAAGGUUGUCCCACAGUCUGGACAUUUAGGCAUUCAAAACAAUGUAUCUAAUCCAGCAAAACAGUUCCCACUGUUCAGUAUUUCAGCCUUUCCUCUUCCACAAAACCAAAAUUGUCUUCUUCCUGCUGACCAGUUCCCACAGUUUAGGAAUGCAGCUGUUCCUGCUCCGCAAGGAAACAUAUCUGUUGCACCAGUAGGCCAGUCAUCACAAGUCAAACUGUCAUGUAUUUCUUUUGCACAAAACAGUAUCCCCAUCCCUAUCCCUGUCACUUCAUCAUUUAGGAUGCCAGCUGUUCCUAAUGGACGGGGUAGCACUUCAGUUGCCCCUUUAAGCCAGUCCACUCACUUCAGAUUUUCAUCCAUUUCUGUUACACAAGGAAGUAGCUCAGUCACUUCUGUGGGCCAGCCUUCACAUUUCAAAGAUUCGUGUUCUGCAUUUCUGCAGCAAACUGCUCCUGUUCCACUGCAGUCUUUCAGGGUACCAGCUAUUUGUAUUGCACAAAAUAACACUGCACUUGUUCCUUCAAGUCAGACCCCACAACUCAAGUUUUCAAUCAUUCCUGUUACACAGUGCAGCACAUCUGUCACUUCCACAAACCAUACACACUCUCCACAUUUCCCUGUUCCAGGCAUUCCUGUCCAACAGGGUGGCUCUUCUGUUAAUCCUGCCUUUCAUCUCCCACAGCACAAGCUUUCAGUAAUUCCCAUUGUACAAGACAAACAUUUUACAGUACCAGGUAUCAGUGCCCCACAAGGAAAUAUCCAGCCCCCACAUUUCAGAGUUUCAGAUAUGCAUGUUCCUCAAAGAAAUACUUCUGCCACUGCUGCAAACCACCUGGAGCAGUCAAGACGUUCAGGUGUUUGCAGUCAACAAAAAAAAUCUUCUUAUAUUCCAGUAAGUAGGCUGCAGCAAUUCAGAGUUUCAAGUGCUCAUGAUCCAAAUGACCGUACCUGUCUAACUGCCGAAAACAAUUCCCCUCAAUUCGGAAGUUCUGCUACUUGUAUUCCACAAGCCAGCAACUCAGUCACUUCUAAGAGCCAGUCCACAUUGUUCAAAGUUACAGGAGUUCCCAUUACACAAGGCAGCCUUCCGAUCAUUUCUUCCAACCAGGCUGCCCAACUCAGAUGUUCUGCUCUUCAUUUUCCACACGGUACCCUUUCAGUGAAUCCUGUCAGUCAGGCCUCUCAGAUUAAAACUUCAGCCAUUCAUAUUACUGAAGAUACCACAGCCUGUAUUGCUAGUCAUUCCCCACAACUAAAUGAGUCAGCCUUACAUAUUCUACAUAUUAAGACCCAAUCCCCAAAGUUUGGAGUGGAAGAAAAUCAGCAACACAGUAACACAUAUUUCCAUUCCGGAUGUCUGUCUCCACACUUCAGCAAUACAGAAUCUCCUGCCAGUUGUAGUAGUAGCACAAGCACCCAGUCUGGAAGUAAACAAUCACUUCUGAUGUAACUUCCAAAAAUCAGCCAUCCAAUUUCAAAGGUGUCGCAGAAACAAGACAGGGACUCUUUCUGUCACAGAAAGCCUACUCUUUCAAGCUGCAUGGGACUGUUUAGCCAUAAAAAGAAGUAACCCCCUGUUUUGCUUAACACUGGACAUCUGGGAUCAGUUUCCAUACCAAAUCAGUCUUAUUGCUGAAUGCACAAACUAUUAUAUGUCAGAAAUCUGAAUCUCUUCUCUUGGCAAAGGAUAGAUUUUUUAAAAGAUAUGGAUAAGAGAACAGGUUGAACACACUUUACUAUUGCUCACCUGUUUUCUGUACAGAAGUAUUACUUACUAGACUGUUGUGUGGCUGCUACCAUAAAGUCAUCACCACUGUCAGACAUGUAAUCUGAAAAAAUAAUUAUUUAUAUUAUAAAGUACCAGACUUGAUGCUUAUUUCCAUUCAGGUCCGGGCAAAUGACAAGAAACUCAAGUAUUUAUUCUUCUUGAACAGUCCAUCAUUUAUUAAUGGGAAGAUAUGAGAUGGGCUGCUGCACUUUUGAGCUCCUACUACCCCAAAAGGUUACAAAUUAAUGUUUAUUUAAUUAGUGAAAUUUACUGGCAAUGCUUGGUGAUUUAUUACUAGGCUUGAUUACAACUGAAUUUGCUAUAAAAAGUCUGUGGGGGGGUAAAAAACAUUUUGUUCUAUUAACAUGUUAAUCUAAUGUCUAAAAAAAUAUCCUGUUAAGUUCAAUCAAGAUCAUUGUUUGAAUAUAUAAAAACGUACUGUGCCGUAUAUAA